GUUCGAAUGAUGAUCGGAAGAGUCGACAUCGACGGCUCAUCUCGUGAAUUGAUUGUGAGAAGAACAACAACAGCAAUAACAACUAUAACAGUGAUUACGACAGCUGCUCGAUAUCUCCACGACUGUUGUGAUACUACUGGAAUAAGACUUGAAGGAACUCAAUAGGUUCGACCAGACUGGAAUCGUAUGUUGUUGUACAAUACAUACAUGGGAUGAUCUCCGC